CUGUUCACUCUCUGUAUGGACACCGCGACGGCUGAUCUGCAAUCACCACAUCCAUGGAGCCUCCUGUAUGCAGAUGAUGUGUGCCUAUCAGAAACAGAAAACUGCCUAGCCCUGCAAAUCCAAACACAAGCAUGGAAAGACCGGCUCUCCGAAAACGGCAUGCGCCUGAACAUCAAGAAGACAGAGUACCUUGAAUGCGGCCCCCAGACCAACAGUACCAUCACUAUCGACGGCGAGCCGCUGACUAAAGUUGCCCAAUUCAAGUACCUGGGGUCCCUUGUCACCUCAGACUGCGAAACCCUGCCAGACGCCAGACUCCGUGUCAACACAGCGUGGAUGAAGUGGCGUCAGGUGAGUGGAGUCUUAUGCGACAAGAGAAUGCCAAUCUAUCUUAAGGCGAAAGUCUAUAAGUCGAUUGUGUGCCCAGUGGCACUCUACGGGUCAGAGUGCUGGCCAGCGACGACCAAACAUGAACAAGCUCUUCACACCAUGGAGAUGAAGAUGCUGAGGUGGCCUCUGGGUCUCACACGACUUGACCGAGUGAGGAACGAAGAGGUCAGGAAACAAUGGGGAGUGACACCGAUCACAGACAAGAUGCGAGAAGCGAGGCUCCGAUGGUAUGGCCAUGUUGUCCGUAGCGAUAAAAAUUCUAUCGCAAAGACAGCCCACCAAUUAGAUCUGGAGGGAAACAGGCCACAAGGAAGACCAAAAAAGCGCUGGAUGGACCGAAUCAAGGAUGAUAUGAAGGCUGUGAAUGUUACACCAGAAGACGCCCUUGAUAGGAAGAAGUGGAGGAAGGCAUGCAAGAUAGCGGACCCUGCGUCGCGGGAUAUAAACCGCUAGGAAGA